AUGGAGGCACGCUGGACCAAAAAACGCGCGUACACCAACUUUAAAGGUGGACUGACUCUUUGGCUGGUUUUGUGGCUGGUUGUGGUGAAGCCGGGCAGGGUGACAGCAUGCCCCAGGCACUGUGUAUGUUACCCCUCGCCCAUGACGGUCAGCUGCCAGUCCCAGAACCUCACCAUAGUCCCAUCAGACGUCCCCUACGACUCUCAACGUGUUUUCCUUCAAAACAAUCGAAUCACUGAACUUCGCUCGGACUCCUUUGGCUUUGAUACACAGGUGCUUUGGUUAUACAGCAACAACAUCUCAUGGAUUGAAGCUGGGGCCUUUAGUAACCUGCGGGUUCUGGAGGAGCUGGACCUGGGAGAUAACCCCUCUCUGCGGCGUUUGGAGGGGGGGGCCUUCAGAGGACUGGAGAAGUUGCAGAGCCUGCACAUGCACCGAUGCAAGCUGGCCACUCUCCCCCCGGACCUCUUUCGCAAGCUGUAUAGUCUCCAGUUCCUUUAUCUACAGGAGAAUCAACUCCACUUCCUUCAGGAUGAUCUGUUCUCAGACCUGGUGAAUCUCACUCAUCUCUUUCUGCAUGGGAAUCGCAUUCGGGCUUUAUCUGAAAAUGUCUUCAGGGGCUUGGUGAACCUCGAUCGCCUUCUCCUUCAUGACAACCGCAUCCGUCAGGUGCACCGGAAAUCCUUCAGAGACCUGGGCCGCCUGACCAUCUUGUACUUGUUCAAUAACUCCCUGUCUGAGCUUCCAGGGCAGAGUAUGAGGGAUGUUCAGGGUAUACAGUUCCUGCGUCUAAAUGGGAACCCGUGGUCAUGUGGCUGUGAGGCCCAGCCUUUGUGGGAGUGGUUUCGUACAUCACGAAUCUCUUCUUCUGAGGUUGUGUGCACUUCUCCCUCCCAGCGGCGUGGACAGGACCUCAGGUUCUUCCGAGAGCUUGACUUUGCAUCCUGUCCUGUCCCUGAUCCUGGCUCUAUGGCAGGAACCACCACCACCACAUUCAGCACUAAGACCCGCUGGUGGUUCCCCAAAAAUAAACCUGCAUCUUCAUCCAAAACUCAGAAAAAAUCUGAGACAGUGAAGGCCUUUAGUGGGCCCAAGUCUUCUUCUAAAACCUUAUAUGAAUCUGUUCCAGUGAAGUAUGAGAUGUCAGAGGACGAGGCAGCGCUGCCUAAGCUCGACCCAGAGGAAUACUGGGCAAAUUACGGCAAUGAAGACUCUUCUAUUCGUUGCUUUGAGCUUGAGUGUCCACCAGGUUUUGAGAACUCAGUGGACCUGUGGGGACUCCAGUCAAGCCUCAGAGACCUCCUUCAAAGGUGGUACGUGGGACUACAGGUCAUUGCCUCAAAGUCUCCUUCCAAGAGUGGACCCUGUGGACUCCAGGUCCAAGCCUCAGUGACCUCCUUCCAAAGGUGGACUCCUCUGGGAGUCCCAGGUCCUUGCCUCAGAGACCUCCUUCCAAAGGUGGAUCCUGUGGGACUCCAGGUCCAAGCCUCAGAGACCUCCUUCCAAAUCGCAUAA